UCCGAUUGAGACAUCUGUUCCCAGCCGAGAGGCGACGGGCUGCAUGAUUUCAGUCAUUCGGCACUAACGAACCGUCGCUGGCCGCAACACGGAGUCGAAUGAUAGCAAAGUCUAAACACGGCAUUAAUAAAUUGUGUUAUUUUUAAGGUUAGUUUGACGGAGUGUUUCUCGUCGCGAUGACCGCCUUGUCGCUGCUGUUUUUGGCCUUGUCGGCCCUGUGUGUCCUGGCCGAGCCCACUGUCCAUUUCCGAGAGCAAUUUGACGACGGGGAUGCCUGGAAGAGCCGCUGGGAAGAAUCAAAGCAUAAGACCGACUACGGUGCAUUUGUCCUGACUGCUGGCAAAUUCUACGGUGAUGCCGAGAAGGACAAAGGUUUGCAGACGAGCCAGGAUGCCCGCUUCUACGCGCUGUCGGCUCGCUUCGACGACUUCAGCAACAAGGACGAGCCCCUCGUCAUCCAGUUCACCGUCAAGCACGAGCAAAGUAUCGACUGCGGCGGCGGCUACGUGAAAGUGUUCCCCUCGGACCUCAAGCAGGACGACAUGCACGGGGACUCGGUCUAUAACAUCAUGUUUGGUCCGGAUAUUUGCGGGCCCGGCACGAAGAAAGUUCACGUGAUCUUCAACUACAAGGGCAAGAACCAUUUGAUUAACAAAGAUAUCAGAUGCAAGGAUGACGAGUUCACUCAUUUGUACACGCUUGUCGUCAACGCCGAUAACACGUACGUGGUCAAGAUUGACAACAAGAAGGUGGAGUCCGGGAGUCUGGAGGACGACUGGGACUUCCUACCUCCCAAGAAGAUCAAGGACCCCGAAGCCAAGAAGCCAGAGGACUGGGAUGACCGGGAGAAGAUUCCUGACCCCGAAGAUACCAAACCUGAGGACUGGGACAAGGCCGAGAACAUUCCUGACCCGGAUGCCAAGAAGCCAGACGACUGGGACGAUGAGAUGGAUGGAGAGUGGGAGCCCCCUAUGAUCGUGAACCCCGAAUACAAGGGCGAGUGGAAGCCCAAAGAAAUCAGCAACCCCGCCUACAAGGGCAAGUGGAUCCACCCCGAGAUCGACAACCCGGAGUACACCGCCGAUUCCGACAUCUACAAAUACGACAGCAUUGGCGUGAUUGGACUGGACCUGUGGCAGGUCAAGUCAGGCACCAUCUUUGACAACUUCCUGAUUACCAACGACCCAAAACUGGCAGAGGAAAUUGGCGACGACACAUGGGGCAAAACCAAGGAUGCUGAGAAGAAGAUGAAGGACAGUCAAGACGAGGAGGAGCGGAAAAUGCGCGAGGAAGAGGACAAGCAGAGGAGAGAUGAGGCGAAGGAUGAGGAGGAGGACGACGACGACGAGGAGGAGGAGGAGGAAGAAAAGGAUGAGGAGGAUGAGGAAGAUGGUGAGGAGGAGGAGGAAGAGGAGACCGAGUCACCAACGAAGGAUGAGUUAUAAAGCGUUCAAGUUGAAAGAGGAGACUGUUGAUGAACCACAGAAGACUCCUCCCAUGGGAGGAGUUUUGUUUACAAAGACCAUAAUAAGGGUUAAAAACAUAUAUAAUUAAAAUACGAUACCAUACUAAAAAUAAGCAGACAGUAAUAGAUAUCGCGGUGAUUAUAUUAUAAUUAGAAAUGAAAAUGUUGCGCUGAUUGUCGACCCAAAAAGAAAAAAAAAUUACGCAUUUGUAUUGUUUUUAUUUUUAUUUGCAGGUUAUACCAUACAGAAAUGCGUAAGUGGGCAAAAGAGUGAUUUGCCAAAAUAUGGGUUAUGAAGAAAUGAUAAUUCUACAUGUGUAGUUUUUUUGGAACUGUUUUUUGUGUGUGUGUGUGUGCGCGUUACCUUGUGUUUUGUCUCGUAAAUGCUGUCUUUUUAAUUCUCGUCAACCCCACGUUUCAAGCACCCGUUCUGAUUAUGACCGCCAAAGUCUAAAAAUGUUCCAGUUGGGAUGAAACCUGUGAGGAAAAUAAUACCUUGUGUAUGUUUGCACUGUACUUUUAUUACCACAUUUGUGCGCAAAAGGACUGUAGUUUCUGAAAUAGUUGACUGAAGCACUCCAGUAGCAGGAGAAACUUCUUUUCAUUUUACGUUUGAGCAUCCUUUGGUUUGUAUGCGAUCAACUGUCCUCAUCCCAGAUGCCCGCGGAGGCUGAGCGUUGAGCCCUUUUUGUAAAAGAUAUUUUCUAUUAAUACUGUUGGUAAUUUAAGUGGGGGGGGGGGGGGUUGUUGUG